AUGUAUGACGACGAUGACACCACGUUUUCGCUGGUGUCAACCGCGUCGGUGACGGAUGCCACGAGCGUCACCACGCGGACCGAGCUCGAGCUGGACCACGCCGACGACGACGCCGAGGCCGAGGCCGGCUUUGCGGGCGUCAACGAUGCCAGCAGCGACUUCGAGAGCGGCUGGGAGGUGUCGUCGGGGCCGUCCACGUCGGUGCCGCCGAGCGUCUACGAGGAUGAGAUUGCGUACGGGCGACGCUAUCACGGCUUCCGCAGAGGCAUCUAUCCCAUGCCCAAUGACGAGGUCGAGCGGCAUAGAGAGGAAACUGUCCAUGCUCUUUUUCUCCAGCUGAUGGGCGGGCAUUUAUUCUAUUCCAACAUUGGCGGCCAUCCCCAGAAGAUUAUCGAUAUUGGCACCGGAAUUGGAAUCUGGCCUAUUGAUGUUGCUGACCAGCACCCGAGCGCAAGCGUCAUCGGCACCGACCUGUCACCGAUCCAGCCAUCAUGGGUACCCAUCAACGUCC